AGUACUUCCCUAGCACCGCUUGGAGAAACACACAUUCUUCGACCAUGAGCAAAUCGAUGACCUCGGAGAACCUGAAAAUCGUCUCGUUGGACGUGAAAGACGUCCGAUUUCCGACGUCGCUGCAGGCCGACGGCUCCGACGCCAUGCACACCGAUCCCGAUUAUUCGUGCGCCUACGUCACCGUAGGGCUGCAAUCGGGCCUGCAGGGCUUCGGUUUGACGUUCACCUGCGGCAGGGGCACCGAGGUGGUGGUGGCCUGCGUCGAAUCGAUGAAGAACCUGGUGAUCGGCCAGGUGGUGACCGACAUCUACAAGGAAUUCGGCGUCUUUUGGCGAUCUCUCACCAGCGAGAGCCAGCUCAGAUGGAUCGGUCCGGAAAAGGGCGUUACGGCCCUGGCGACGGCGGCCAUCGUCAACGCGCUGUGGGACCUGUGGGGCAAGCUGGUGAAGAAGCCGGUGUGGCAGCUGCUGGCCGACAUGGAGCCCGAGCAGCUGGUGUCCUGCAUCGAUUUCCGCUACCUGACGAACGUCGUGACCAAAGAGGAGGCGUUGGAGAUGCUGCGGAAGGGCCGCGAGGGUCGCGAGGAGAGGAUGAACAAGCUGUUGGAGAAGGGGUAUCCGUGUUAUACCACGCAAGCGGGUUGGUUGGGAUAUUCCAACGAGAAGAUCCAGCACCUGGCGCAGAAAUACAUGGAUGCCGGUUUUACGGCUUUCAAAGUGAAAGUGGGGAAGAAUUUGAAGGAUGACGUGAAGCGAUUGGAAUACAUCAGGAACGUUAUAGGAUGGGACAAGACGUUGAUGGUGGACGCCAAUCAAGUGUGGGAGGUCCAGGAGGCCAUCGAUUGGAUGAAAGUCCUCGCUCCGUACAAGCCCCUCUGGAUCGAAGAACCGACGUCGCCCGACGACGUCCUCGGCCAUCGCGAGAUCGCCAAGGCGUUGAAACCGCUCGGCAUCGGCGUCGCCUCGGGCGAGAUGUGCUGCAAUCGGGUGCUGUUCAAGCAGUUCCUCCAAACCGACGCCAUCCAGUAUUGCCAGAUCGAUUCGGCGCGCGUCGGCGGCGUCAACGAGAUCCUGCCCGUCUAUCUGAUGGCCCACAAAUUGGGAGUGAAAGUUUGUCCUCACGCUGGUGGUGUGGGUUUGUGCGAGAUGGUGCAGCACCUGCAGAUGUGGGACUACGUGGCCCUUUCGGGUACUUCGGAAGGUAAAUGGGUGGAGUACGUUGAUCAGCAGCACGAGCACUUUGUGCAUCCCACUGUCAUCGAGAACGCCCAUUACAUGGCGCCCAGGGCGCCGGGGUACAAUACGGAGAUGAAGAAGGAAUCGUUGGAAGGGCACGUUUAUCCUAAUGGAAAGGAAUGGGAGAGCAUGUUCGCCAAAGGGAUAUUUAGCGAUCCUAGAAAAUCUAAAAAGUAAAAUGCUACGGUGUGUGUAGUGGGUUAUUCAGAAAAAAAAACGUUGAGAUUAAAUAAUAAAUGAUAAGUUGUUGCGCA